AUGUCUUCAGAGACACGCGUCAGUGCUUUUGCGAAGAGGCGACGGCUCAAUGAUGGUAGUGGUGCAUUGUCGGCAGAUUCGAGCGCUUCGAUACCAGCAAAGCCAGCCAAGAAAUUGAAGAAAGAGAAAAUUGUGGACAAUGAGCUGCAACCAGCACUAUCAGUCUCGGACAUCACCAACGACGAAAAUUUAGUCUCAGGAACAACGGAGGAGAGCAGUAACAGUUUCGAGCCACUCGUUGAAGCUAGAGCUGUCAAAUUUACGGGCAGUCGCGAGAUCGAGCAGCUCGACGGUAAUGCUUUCAAGUUUCGCCUUUCACGAGGUCAAAAAUGUUCAAUAUCUGGCAUUGCACGUUUGUGGGUGAGAGACGGUUGUGUCACCUGUUACGGUGCCCAUAUACACGCAUCUGAGGCAGUGCAUACACUUUUCGCUGCUGUUUCAGACAAGCUCGUCGACAUAGAGCCUACCACAAAGAUAGCUGAAUUCCAACUCGAGGCCAUAUCACAAUCAGACCUUGCAUUUCCAUCACCCCUGAACAUCCCUGGUAAAGUCGGUCGCGAAGCUCGGGCAGGACCGACCUCCUUCCGUAUUGUCGACGCAGACACAGCUGGGCCACCUAGAACGCAGCAGCACGAAGCUAUGCGUGCAUUACUUCUGGCUGCUCUAGGCGAAGGAGAUACUCGAACACGCCGCGGGACAGCCGAGGGCCAAUUUACAUCCAGAGAGCCCCACCGGAUCAUUGUCUGUGGCAAGCGUUCAUCUGACACCACGCUAGCAUCGAUUAUAUGCAUCAAUUCUUUACUGUCUGAGAUCGCCCAGGCUGAUCACAGCAAAGGUGUAACCUUUUUGGACCUGGAUGCAGCGGCUCCAGCCUUCUCGUCUCCAGGCACAAUCAGCUUGUGCACGUUUCAUAACUUCGUGCUCGGACCUUCAUACGCAUUUCCUACACAAGUACACAAGGAUGCAGUGAAAGACCUCAUUGCUGCAUACUUUGUAGGAGCUGUGCAUCAAGAGAUCAACUUCGACACUAUUCUCAGAAUGGUCAACGAGCUUCUGAAUCAGAACAGGAGGAACAGGGAUCAGCCACUCGUGGUGAGGUUGGGCGAGUGGUUGACCUCAGUGGGAAAAUAUAAGCUAACACAACUCAAAAAGGUCCUACAGUCAAACUUGGUACUUUGUACGGAUCGCCCCAAGUCAUCUAGAUACCACGAUGUUGUGUCUGCAGUCUCAUCGCCCGAGCUUGACAACGUGGUCUAUAUGGACCAAGCGACGUACACCACGAGCUCCAGCCUGCUCGAGCACAGGAACUUAUUACAGUCACAUGUUCAGCUCUGUCAGUAUGUGAAUGGUACACCUCUAUGGGAUCCUCAUGCCACAAUGCUUGCAAGCUUCAAGCAUAUAUCUUUGUCGACCAGUAAUGGACCAAACAGUAUAUCGUUCGUGAUUGUUCGAGGAGGCAUGUUGCGACCACAAGACUUAUUCGAAGCACUUUCCGGAGCGUUGGUCACACUGGUCGCAGUCACGAGAAGGGAGGGAAGAGGCUCGGCAUCCUCAAACCUCAUCAUUUGCGACUUUUCAGAUGAUCUAGAACUCGUUCAUAUCGGUGUUGCGAUCGUAGAUCGAACCGAUGAAAUGAAACAGGAGAUCUUGGUUGCCGGUUCUGUGACUGGGGCUCAGAUCGAAGCAGCGUCUGACAAAGGUUUAGAGAUAGGGCUGGUCCUUGAGAAGUCUGGAGUUGAUGGUCGAUAUAGCCGUGAGUUGGCCUUAGGAUAG